GAAAGCUCCUCUGUUUUCUCCAUAGUGAUGAAGCUCUUCUCAAAGUCACUAACUUCCACUGAUGUCCGCAGAAGGUUAGCCAUCCCCACCAAGAUUGUGAACUCCUUGUUACCCAACGGAGGUGACCAUGCAGUGGAGUUGCACAUGCGGCAUAGCAAUCACAUGUGUGGAGACAAAUCUGCGUUUUUAGAUUUGGAUGAGUCUUGUCAAGACAAGGUGAAAUUUGGUGAUAAUUCCACUAUUGCAGUCAAGGGAAAGGGAAAGGUAACCAUUCGUGCCAAAGACAAUUCAAUUCAGACUAUUUCUCAUGUUCUGUAUGUACCAGAUUUGAAGUCGAAUCUGCUUAGUCUAGGACAGCUUCAGGAAAAAGGAUAUGAAAUCCUUAUUAAAGAUGGAGUUUGCCAAAUUCGUGAUUCAAAACUUGGCCUGAUUGCAAAGGCCUUGCAGCAGAAGAAGAUGGUAAAUGGUCUUCCUCAUUUUGAUUCUCCUUCAGAAAUUUGUGAAAUCUGCGUGGUCAGUAAGAAGCACCGUGACAGCUUUCCUAAAGACAGAUCUUGGAAAGCAAAACAGGUGCUAGAUCUGGUUCAUUCUGAUUUGUGUGAACCCAUAAAUCCAACAUCCAAUGGAGGUAAACAAUACUUUAUUACCUUUGUUGAUGAUUAUAGUCGCAAGACAUGGGUGUAUUUUUUGCAGACCAAGUCAGAAACCUUAGCAGCCUUUAAAAAUUUCAAAGUCUUGGCUGAGAAUGAGGUUGGCAGAUCUGUAAAGGUUCUACGCACAGAUCGUGGUGGUGAGUUUAAUUCAAAGGAAUUUGCAGAUUUUUGUGAGUCCAAUGGCAUUAAAAGGCAACUCAUAGCAGCCUAUGCACCUCAGCAGAAUGGUGUAUGUGAGAGGAGGAAUCACACAAUCAUGAAUAUGGUGCGAAGUUUGAUGUCAAAGAGCGGCUUGCCUAAGGAGUUUUGGCCAGAAGCUGUUAAUUGGAGUGUUCAUAUCUUGAAUAGAAGUCCCACAUCUCCACUUCCAAAUUUGAUGCCAGAAGAGGCUUGGAGUGGACGUAGACUUGCUGUUGAUUACUUCAGAAUUUUUGGGUGCAUAGCAUAUGUACAUGUGCCAGAUCAGAAAGGAACAGAAAAAUCUGGGCAACAGAUUCUUGCAGAUUUCGAAAAUGGAGAAGAUCUGACUGUGCAGAACUCAGAAUGUCAAACUUCAGCAGAUCUCAAGGUUUCAAGACAGACAGCUGAAGAAAUUCUGCCUACAGAAGUAGAGUUCAGUACUGGAGGAAGUCUGCCAACAACACUAGAACUGGAAUCUGGAACUAGUUCCAGACCUCAACGCAAAAAGAGAAGACCAGCAUGGUUGGAAGAUUAUGAGGUAACAGAUCUACCUCAAGAUGAUGUUCCAGUUAAUCAUUUUGCUUUAUUUGUAGAUUGUGAUCCCUUAACAUAUGAAGAAGCUGUUAAAGAAGAAAAGUGGCAAAAGGCCAUGGCAGAAGAAAUUGGUUCUAUUGAAAGGAACCAGACUGGGGAGUUGACAGAUCUUCCAGAAGGGCACAAAACAAUUGGUGUUAAGUGGAUCUACAAGACAAAGCUCAAAGAGAAUGGGAUGGUUGACAAAUUCAAAGCUCGCUUAGUGGCAAAAGUUACAAGCAAGAGUUUGGCAUUGAUUAUCAAGAAGUUUUUGCUCCAGUUGCAAGGAUGGAUACCAUCAGAUUGGAAGGUUUUCAAAAGUGCCCUUAUGAGCAUACACUUUACAUCAAAUUUGGAGAUGGAGGAAGUUCUGGACAGAUUUCAAAUGAAGAACUGCAAUUCUGUCACUACACCAAUUGACAAAGGUGUAAAGCUCGUGAAAGAUCCAAGAGGUAAAUCUGUGGACAGCAAACUGUAUAAGCAGAUUGUUGGAAGUCUGAUGUAUCUGACAGCAACAAGACUAGAUAUAAUGCAUGGUGUAAGUCUAAUUAGCAGAUAUAUGGAGCAUCCAAAGGAGUUGCACUUGCAAACUGCUAAAAGAAUUCUUAGGUAUUUAUGUGGAACUGUAGAUUUUGGACUAUUGUACAAGAAGGGUGACCAGAUAGAUCUCGCAGGCUUUACAGACAGUGAUUAUGCUGGAGAUCUGGAUGAUAGAAAAAGCACUUCUGGAAUUCAGUUUGAGGGAGGGUCUGCAGAUUCCAGAUCUGCAGAUAUAGAGGAAGAUAAAGUAGGGUAUUUGGACUACAGGAUUGAAGUGAAGAGAGCAGAUAAGCCAUCUCUUAAGCACUCUCUUGCCACCGUCGGCAAUUUACCGACCGGUAACUCUGGCGAAACUACUUGUAUAUUACAUCCUAGCUUUGAAGAUGGAGUAGUCAAGCUAGUUGGUGUUUCAGAUGAGAAAGUAGAAAAGAGCUCUUUCAAGCUAUUUGGGGUUAAUGUUGUUGAGAAGCGGCAACUGGUGGACACCUCCUAUGAGGUCACCGCGGAUAAAACAGAGAUUGGGGCCCAGGAGGACAAAGAGUUCUGGAGUGGCUCAGUCUACACUCUGGACUUGACUCUGGUGCCGCCCGAAGUCAAUGGCCCAAGAUAAAUCCUGCAGCCCCCAAUCAAAGAUAUGGUUAGUU